AUGGGGUUUUAUCCGAAAGCUCGGCAGCAGCGGCUCGGUAUCAAUCACCCGACCGUUCGACCCCUUCGACUGGCCGUGCUAAAAGCUGCCGUCAUCAAUCUCCUUGUCCUGCAACUUCUGUUUCUGGGCCUAUUUUGUUACAUCUUCGGAUCACUUUUCCAGCAGACAACACAUGUUCAUAACAUCAAUAUUCUUUUCGUCGAUUAUGAUGGUGGCGCAAUCGGUACAGCUGUCCGCGAUGCCUAUCAGAAACUCAAAGGCCCGGGGUUUCCAACUCUGAUGGAGCAGUCCACUCUGGCAUUCCCCCAACCUGAUCUUACCGUCGAGGCUGUUUGCAAUAUUAAAUAUUGGGCAGCAUUAUACACCGCGCCCAAUGCAACAAAUCGCUUACUCGCCGCGCUAGGAGGAGGCUUAGCCGCUUCCUCAUACAACUCAAGCGACGUCUUCACGAUGGUGUGGAAUGAAGCGCGCUAUCCCACCGUAGUCGACUCUGCUGUCUCUGAAAGCUUGACAUCACUAUCACAAGCUGCAAGAGUGGCCUAUUUCGAAGAAGACGGGAAACGGUUGCUCCAGACUGUGAACAGCUCGGAUUCUGCAGCGAUUGCCGCAUUUGUCGAUCCCUGGACUUUAGCCUCCCUAGAUAUCCAAACAACAAAACAAGGAUCGCGACUGAUCUACAAUACCCUUGUCAUCAUCCUGAUCCUGAUCCAGGAAUUCUUCUACCUAGGAUUCAUCAAUGGCCUCUAUCAGCAAUUCAAACUCUACACCGCAAUCUCGCCCCAUCGGAUUGUGAUAGUGCGUCAAAUUAUUUCUGGCCUUUACACUCUCGCUGGGUCUCUCAGCACAGCAGGUGCUAUUUGGGCCUUCCGACACGGCUGGCAUGUAAACGGCAAUCAAUUCGUGCUCACCUGGAUGACACUCUGGCUAUUCGCUCAUUUGAACUUCCUCGUGCUGGACGUCUUCAGUAUCUGGCUCCCACCUCCAUUACUCCCCAUGGCGCUCAUAUCCUGGGUGGUACUGAACGUCACCUCCAUCCUCCUCCCAUUUGAACUUUCGCCGGCAUUCUACAAAGUCGGGUACGCGCUCCCGGCGCAUAGUGUAUUCCAGGUCUUAAUUGAUAUCUGGUCUGGUGGCUGCAACCCUCAACUCGACUAUGCGCUUCCUGUUUUGUUCGCUUAUGAGGUUGUCAGCAUCGUUCUCAGUUCGAUUGGCGUUUAUCGACGGGCCCAUUAUGGCGUUAUUAAACAAGAGGCAGAGGAGAAGUCGUUGCAGCAGCGCAUUGAGGCGGCUGUUGCUGAGAAACAGGCACAAGAGACUAGACAGGAUGCAUUGGAGGGGGAGACGCCCCUCAACGAGCCGGAGGAAGGAGCUGCUAUGCAACGACGGGGAACUGUGAACACCCUCGAGGAGAAGGAGGAGUUGGUUGGUAUUAUUCGGCGGGAAUUAUCACGGCCUGCUGAGAGGGCAGAAAGUAGUCGCGAGAAUACUGGGCCCUCCUUUUAUUUGCCAUACAAGCAGUGA